AUGGGCUUACUAAAGAAAUCGGACAGAAUGUCCAGACCAAGGUACCUUGAUCAGGAUGACAGAGACCUACUUCUUAAGUUCAAAUAUAUUAGACAGCAAGAAGAGGCAAGGAUAAGGGAUGGAGCCCUCCAUCCUAGGGAUUCUGAAUGGGCAUUUGGUGUAUCUGAAGCUUCUUACAACAGUACUAGGAAUAGGUAUAGUAACAUAAAAACAUUUGAAAAGACUAGAGUAAAGCUUCAAGUCAAAAAUGGAAAUGAUUACAUCAAUGCUUCGCAUAUUAAAGUGGAAAUUCCAGAGCAAUCUACUGCUGCAACUUUCUACAUCGCUUCUCAAGGUCCAACAAUUAGUACAUGGCCGCAAUUUUGGCAGAUGAUUUACCAACAAAGUCCAGAGGAAAAUAUAUCGGUUGUUAUGGUGACACCGUUGGUUGAAGGUGGUCGAGAAAAAUGCUACCCAUACUGGCCUCGCCAGGUUCAUCAAACCAUGGUAUCUCCGGCAAUUCAAACUACAGGUCCAACUUCUCAAGAUGUUUCUGAAUUUGCAUUUUCAAUAGAAAUUGAGAAUGUUUUAACACAAAGUUUUCAUCACUAUACCUUAAGUAAGAUCUUGCUCAAACCGUCUGACCCCUCAUUUCCAGUGAAAACUGUGAACCAUUUCUACUAUGACCAAUGGAGCGAUUUUGAUAAGCCUGAUGAAAUCGGACCUUUGCAUCAUUUAAUAAAGCAUGUCCGUACAGCAACAAAUGCUUUAAAUCCCAUAUUUGUUCAUUGCUCUGCAGGGGUUGGGCGGUCAGGAACGUACAUAGCUCUGGAUCAUCUUAUCGCAAGAACUGUUGAUUUUAAGGCAGAUGAAUUUAUUCAUAACUAUGAUAAGGAUCUAAUAGAACAGAUUGUAAAACAGCUGAGAACUCAACGAUUAAAGACUGUAGAAUCUCCUCAACAAUAUCUAUUCCUGUAUCACGCGGCUAAAUUAAUUUUUAGAUAUAAUAAAGGAUUGUAA